GGUAACCGGGCGCGUGUAGAGAGGAGGAGGAGGAGGAGGAGAGGGUGACAUUAUUCUACAUCACAUCACACGGCGUUACAUGGCGUCUUUUCCAGCGACGCACUUGCUUGUAUUCGCUGUUUUUCACCCAUAGACAAUUUUAUAUUUUGACUUGCACGCGCAGAUUUGUGUCAUCAUUGCGGACACGUUCCAACAUGCAUUGAUGCACAGGCGAAGGCGAUGGGUUCAGGUGCAUCCUAUUCCUGUCUGAUCGUUUAUCAAAUAGAAUCACCAUCGGAGAUAUUUCUGCACCAUACAUAUAAAUGCGAGGUGUGUGGGAUUUCUGCGGCUAAAUAAAUGAAGAACAUGUGGCUUUCCCUCGAGAAUGUUUGCUUAUGGAGAGACCUAUGAUUUUAAGGCAGACAUUCUGGUAAUUAAUAGAAAAACCUGCAACAUACAAUACUUUUACCCUCUGGAUAUCAGCAAAUCGAUCAGGCCAGAGUAUGCCAUCUUCACCAACGUAUAGAAUCCUGCGACCCCUCCUGCUUGGUACCUUUUUACUGGGAUGCUUUGUGACUCUCUUUUUAAUGUACAUCAAGCCAUCUACAAGCUGGCUGUCGGGCCCCGUUGAUUCCGAAACAUCCACGGUGCGAGUGAAAAGCCUCCUUACCAACCGAAGUGACCAGAACCAGACCACAAUCCUAGUUUGGCUUUGGCCUUUUGGGGAAACCUACGACCUGAAUGUCUGCAGCACUUUGCUCAGCAUCGAUGGCUGCUUCAUCACCGCCGACCGAAACCUUUACAACAAAUCCGAUGCCGUCGUCAUACAUCACAGGGACAUCACCAGCGACCUGACCAACAUGCCACCUGCAUAUCGCCCUAUGCUGCAGAGAUGGAUUUGGAUGAACUUUGAGUCACCGUCGCAUUCAUCUCAGUUAGCUGGUAUUGAAAACCUGUUUAAUUUAACUCUCAACUAUCGUCAGGAUGCUGAUAUAGAAGUGCCUUAUGGGUCGAUUGUCUCAGCCCAAGGAGAGGAGGACUUUGUGCCACCAAGCAAGAAUAAGCUAAUUUGUUGGAUUGUCAGCAAUUGGAAUCCGGAUCACGUACGAGUGAAGUACUACAACGAAUUGUACAAACACAUUGAGGUUCAUGCAUAUGGGCAAGCGUUUGGUGAGUACAUUUCUGACCAAGACUAUUUCCCGACAAUCGCAAGCUGUAAGUUCUACCUGGCAUUUGAGAACUCUAUUCACAAAGACUAUAUUACAGAGAAAUUGUACAAUCCGCUCUCUGUUGGUACGGUACCAGUGGUGCUCGGACCACCAAGGGAGAACUAUCAGAACUUUGUGCAGGGAAAUGCAUUCAUUCAUGUCGAUGAUUUCCCUUCUCCAAAGGAGCUGGCUGAUUACCUCCUGUUCCUUGACAAAAAUGAGGAGCUUUACCUGAAGUACUUUGACUGGCAUAAACACUUUAAGGUGAAAAAGGCAUACUUCUGGGCUGAACAUACAUGUCUUGCUUGUGAUUAUGUGAGAAGGCACAACGAGUAUAAGGCAAUUAACAACCUUGACAAGUGGUACUGGGGUUAAUCCACACAUAAACCUCUGGACCAGCUUAAUAAAAGUUGCUCGACGAUAAGAACUUCAUGUUACUGAAUUCCAGUGACGGCCUGUUGUUGGCACUUACAGACAAUUACUUUAUUUUUGUAUAAUAUCCCAAAAAGUUGUUAAUUUAUUUUGAGGUCAGUUUUGUUCAUGCAUAUUUAUUAAUCUGGAUGCAAAUAAUUUUUUAUUAUUUCUGCUUUUUGUUUUAAGCAUGUGUUUGUUAAGCUAAUUUUAAACCAAAAUGAAUUUAAAAUUGAAUUCCACAAGUUCAAAGCUUAUUCAUACACCUACUGUAAGUACACAUCCAGGAGGUACCACCGAGACAAUAAUGUUUAUUUAAUGACAACAGAGCACUAUUUGUAACUGAGAUAUUUUUUGCUUUAUUUAAAUCAUAGUUGUGUACAUGUUAGUGAUAGAGUCAUCUUUGCAGUGUUUACAAAAUUUCGUUGUGCAAAAUGUCCAUGUACUGUAAAUGUAAUGAGUAUUGUGUGUAUUUUGAGGAACCCUGCCUUCCAUUUCCAUGGUUUUGUAUGGAUGAUGUUUUGCACGACAAUUAACGCACUCAUUUUUUACCAUAGUGAUCAACGUAGGAGUGUCAUUGCUGAUUAUAAUGUUUUACUGUAUUGUAUAACUGCUGAUUAUAUCACUGUUAAUUAGCUUACAUGGCUUGGAUACAUUUCAAAAGUACUGUGAAGCUGUUUUUUAAAUAUUUAAAUGUUACAUUACCUUUGUUCAACAGUGAGAUGUAGAUUUGAGAACAAGCGGCUAAUACUGUACAUAUACAGUCAUGUGUGGGUGGUGCCAUAUUUCACAGGCAUGCAGAAAAUCUUUCUCCAAAAGUUGCCAAAAGAGUAGACGCUCUGUACAGUUCGAGAAAAAUGAAAUCAUAAUGUGAGAGGCAUAAUGACUGACUUUUCCAAUUUAGACACAAUCUGGUGUUGGAAUGAAAAGUUGCCAUCUUGUUUCGGUUAGAAAGCAAUGCUCCAGUUUCAGAUGUUUGCUGCCAAAAGUUUCUUUUUCAAAAGAGAUGCUUCUCUCUGAUCUUUUGCUCUGGAGUUCACACCAUCGCAUUUCUCAGAUCAGCCUUCCUUUAAAGGUGCAAGACUGUUUUUGUUAUGGUUACAUAAACAGAAUCAAUCUAAUAUUAGAUGAGGGUUUCUGUGGAGAAAUCCAUUAUUGAUCAAUAAAGGAAGGAGAAAGUUCAGCGUCUGAUAGCAGAUGUUGUAAUUCCACAUUGCUUAUACUCUUUGUACGGAUAUACACAUUAACAGAUGCUUUUUGGAGCUGGCGUUUUGUAUGUAGGAGUUAUUGGUUAUUUACAGACUCAAUUCUCGCUGUUUUGAUGCCUGAAUAACACAAACGCUUGUGGGUUAUUGAAAGACCCAAUGAAAUCAGAAUUGGAGUUUUGUGACUUUCAUUCAAUGCUCUUUUGCUUUGAGGCCAUUUUUAUUUUAGUCUACUCAUAAAAGUUGACAAUAUCAUCUUUUACAUGAAGUUAAUGGGUAGAUUAUCAGUUCAUAAUCACAUACUUUUCAGCCGCUUCCUCACACAAUGCGAUCUUAUGACAGCUAAACAAUUUUACAAUGUAUAUGACUUGUAAGGAGACCAGCUGCAUUUAUAAGCUCAUUCAAGCACAAAUUAUACGGUUGCUCAACUAGUGUCAAGUGUCAUGGAAGCACCACAAAAUGCUGAGUUGCUUCAGCAUUGUGUUUUUCAUCUCACAUUUUCUUUUUCUGACACUAUCGAUUAGGUUUUUUAAGGGUUAAGGUUGGGAGGUAGGUUUGUUGACUUAAAACUGGAUAGAGUAUUAACCUUAAAAAUCUCAUCUGUUUGGGAAAAAAUGUAACUUGCAUUAGCACCACUCUAUGGAAGUUUUACCUCGAAACUGCCGCAAUGUGUGCAAUAUAACCACGUAAUGGCUAUUCAAAUAAAAGGGAGGAUGCACUUUUUUUAUAUGUCCCACCCAAAUUUAUCGUUUUAAUAGGAACAUCCAUCAACACUGGAAGGAAAACCACUUGUCAUGCGAUUUCAUGUGAUCUUAAAAUCCUCAUUGACAAUACCUAAUUUUUAACUUUUGUAUUUACCAUGCCAUCAGGGACCAUGCUAUUAAAAGGCUAUUUUAACAAUGUUGUUAUCUGUAUAUUACUCAAAUGUUCAGAAACUGUUUAAUGAGCUGUACUCUUUUAUAUGAAUAAGGAAAAACCAAGAAAAUGUGUAGUCAUACAAGCUACACUACUCAUCUCAGAUUAAUGUUUGUUUGAAGAUAAUCAUUUUGCUGUGAAUGCUCUUUAUGUUUUGUAAAUAGCUGUAAUAUUGGAUGAUCUCUAACCUGUGGUGAAUGCCAUGAGGAUAAAUGCGCUGAAAUGAAAUGAAUAGAGUAAGCCUUUGCACCAAGGAAGAAAAGAGGAGACGUCUGCUGCUGAAGACAAAGAUGACAGUGUUAUGCAGGGGCCAUUUUCCGUCCCAAAGGUAUUUUCAACAAUGAAAAUCUGUAUGUUUUUUUGGGGGAUAAGUGCUAAUCCUUUUGGAAAUACUGGACUGUUGUCAUAGAGAACUGUAGAUGAAAGUUUUUCUCAUUCUCACGAGUGUGAUUUUUUGUGCUGGUGAUUGUUUCAGACUUAGUCAGAAACACAUUUAAAGGGAUAGCUCACCCAAAAAUGAAAGUUCUGUUAUCAUGUACUCAUCUCCAUUUUGUUCCAACUUUAUUUCUUCCGUGGAGCACAAUAGGAGAUGUUAGGCAGAAUGUGAAGGACAGACAGCCUCAAUAACUAUUCACUUCCAUUACAGCUUUUUUUUCCCAGUCAGUAAAAGUGAACAGUGACUGUGGCUGUCAGUCCCUAACAUUCUGCAUAACAUCUCCUCACUGUUUCGAAUGACAUGAGGUUGCGUAAAUGAUGACAGAAUUUUCAUUUACGAGGUAAUCUAAUUAAAGAAUGUGAACUGUAAUAUAAGAAAGUCAUGUUAAUGGUUUCAUGUUGUACAAAGUGAAUCAGAGAUUGCUUAUUUGCUUGUGGACCUUAAUUACUGACUUGUUUUGUUGUCACUCUCUCUCUCUCUCUCUCUCUCUCUCUCUCUCUCUCUCUCUCUCUCUCUCUCUCUCUCUCUCUCUAUCUAUCUAUCUCCUGUGCACAAUUGUUUGCUGUGACCUCUUGGUACCCUUUAAAACAGCCUUUGCAUUUUGAGUGUGUUAGUGGUGUCUGACUCACAGCCCCUGCUGACUCAUACAUUGUAGGCUGGUCGCACAGAUGCUGGCAUGGAGUAUGAUAUCUCCUGUAUGCAUUAUGGACUUGAAUGCAAAAUGACCCACAUUCCUAUUGUGCAAAGGAACGCGAGGGUGUAUAGAACUGUUCAUUACAAUGUAAAUGGACAAAACAUUGUUAUUGCCAAAUGAUUUUCUGUAGAUGUCUGUUAUUUAAAAUAAAGACAUACAAAAUAAAAAUUACAUU